AUGAAGUUCUACACCUCUGCCCUCGCUUUGGCCUCAUGUGCCACCGCCAUUGUUGUCCCUGCUGGCUCUGCGCCCAAGUAUGACGUUGAUGUUGCCAUCAUCGGUGGUGGAUCCGCCGGUAUCCAUGCUGCCAUCAACCUUAAGGAUGAUGGUUUGAGGGUUGCUGUUAUUGAGAAGGAAAACCAGAUUGGUGGUCAUGCCCAGACAUAUGUCAACCCUGUGACGAAGCGACCUACCAACAUUGGCGUUACGCUCUUUGAGAACACCAAGACUGUGCAGAAGUACAUUGGUCGUCUUGGUGUUGCUCUUGCCAAGAACAAUCCCUUCUCUGCUACCACCAGCACAAACAAGCAGUAUGAUUUCACUCUGGGCAUUCCUAUUCCUGCUCAGUCUCAGGCUCAGGCUGCUGCUACCAAGGAGGCCAUGGCCGCUGCUAUGCAAGCUUAUGCCCAGAACGUCCUCCCCAAGUAUCCCUGGAUCGAUCAAGGUUAUUUGAUACCCAACCCUGUUCCUCAGGAGCUUCUUCUACCUUUCGGAGAGUUCGCUGCCAAGUACAACUUCAGCGCUAUCCUGCCUCUAAUCAGCCAGCUGAACUGGUACCCCGGCAACAUCACCGCCAUCCCCACCAUCUACGGUAUCAAGAAGUUCGGUCCUGGUCUCCUCCAGAGUGUUUCCAGCGAGUUCCUCGUUGCUGCCUCAGGCGACACCCGAAGCAUCUAUGAAGCUGCUGCCAAGGUGCUUGGUAACAGUAUCUACCUCAACUCCGAGGUCGUCAGCGUUCGACGAAACGUUGCCGGUAAGGGUGUUGUUGUCGCCUUCAAGCAGAACGGCAAGACCAUCACCCUCCGGGCCCGCAAGCUAGUCGUUGCCAUGCCUCAGACACGCGCCAACACCAAGAUGUUCGAUCUUUGCGAGAAGGAGAGGAAGCUCAUCACCAAGUUUGCUGCUUUCGGCUACGUCGCCGGUGUUGCUCACAUUCCCGGCCUCGAGAACGGCCUUCAGAACGUCGGAGCUCUCACCCCCGCCAACGUGCCCAUCGUCCCUGGUAACAACGGCUACUUCCAAACUGGUUCACCCGACGACUUCCUCAUCGGCACUGGUUUCCCCAACACCGACUACACCCUCGAGGACGCCAAGGCUCUCAUGCGCAAGGAGCUCACCACUCUGGCUCGUGUUGGCGGUGCCCCCGCUGAUGCUGCCGAGAAGUGUACGUUCCCUAUGCUUGAGGACCAUGCUCCUUACUACCUCCACGUCACUGGCCAUGAUAUUGCCCAAGGCUUUUACCGUGACCUCAUUGCGCUUGAGGGUUACCGCAACACUUACUGGACCGGUGCUGUGUUUGCUGGACACAACAGCGGUUUGAUCUGGAACUGGAACGACGGUACAGUUCUGCCCGCCAUCAAGAAGGAUCUUGAGCUUGAGACUUCACUGUAA